AUGGCUGUAUCAGACUCUGCGACCCUGUCCCGGAUGGAGCGGCUGGCAAGUACUCGGUCCAUCCUGAGUAUGUCCUCUGUCAGCUCCGACGUGGUGGCCACAAUGACCACCGCCAACUGCGAGAUGGCCGUGCUGCCCCUAAGGCUUCUUCUGGAUCUACAACCAAGCUACCUGAGCCUGGAGAGCGGCGUCCUCACCUCCUACAACCAGAGAGGCGGCUUCAACCUGUUCAGCGACGGAGUGGCCAACAUAGAUGGAGAGCAUUGUAAAGUCAUCAACUACAUCCAGAGGAAAGUCACUCUCAAGAGCCACGUUGACUACAAAGAUUACAGAGAAACAUUGCUGGCAAAACCAAUGUUGUUUCUAACCAAUGUACGAAAACUCAACUCCAGUUCAGUAAAAACUCUUGCUUUCAUUGUGAACACCCGGCAUCCGCAGAUGAAGGCCAAAGUAGAGGGUGGUAUGAACAAUGUCAUCUCUUCAGUUAUGGGAGAAAACUACUUUUUACAGUUUAAUAUGCACCGUUCAGUGAAAGACUAUCUUGCAAGGCAAAACUUUGAGCUGAUGGAAGACAACCUGAACUUUUCCUUUACGUUCAAGCUUGACGUGUUUCUUGACGUGUUCUACUUACUGGGCAGGAGCAAAAUGAACUGUGAUGUGAAUUGCAAGAUUCUGAGCUUGUACUGCACCGACAAUGAGAAGAAGGACAAAGUUAAGGCGUUCCUGUCAAAAAUGACCAACCCGUUGAUUAGAAUGGGCAGCAGCUAUGAGCAGGACCGAAGGCCCAGUGUUUUUUCUCUUGAUGUAAUCGCAGAAGAUCCAUUUCCAGCUGAGGAAACCGUUGGGGAUACUGAACCUGUCCUGCCGUGUGGUCUCUCUGCCAUAAACAUUUUUGAAAUGUUGGUGUUCCCACUGUCCUUUUUUGUGUUCAGGCCCCUCUUGUUGCAUCUACAUAAUAUAAAUGAAGGUAUCCAACAUGGGGAGCGAGAGCUUCUCAUAAUGGCCACCACAGAUCAUGACCACAGGUCCGUUGGAUGCCUGGUACACUACUGCGCACUGUGGUUUCUCCCACCGGCUGCUAUGUCCUACCCAGACUUGGAGGCCAGCGGAUGGAACCACAGCACGUGGCUGGGAGAAGUUCCAGGAGGGUCAUAUGUGAAGGUUCCCCCAGAAGUUGCAGCUCUUCAGCAAAGCGAUUAUCUGAGUCAGUGCCCAUCAGAGAGAAACGACAAGCAAAUGGACAGGACCACCAUAUGUGCCACAUGUCCCCAGGUGCAGCACAACCCCGAAAACAUUUAUCUGAGGAGUUGGGAAGCAGCCGUGCCAGACGGAGGGGGACUAGAAUGUUCCUCUGUAGGGAUCGCAAAGCAAACGAUGACCACUUCCUUUCACCCCACAAAGAGUCAAGAAUUCCACCCUGAGGUUUGA